UGACAUUUACUUCCCAUAUCUAGAAAAAGUGUUUACCUUUCAUUGGUCCACCUGCAAACGCUAAACAAAAACCACCAGCCAACUCUUCAAUUUAUAGGUUUUCUCACCUAGUAAAAAAAAAAACCAAAACCCAGAUCGAAUUCUGGAGCAAGCAACAACUUCAUAACAUGGUUAAGUGUUUCAGCUUCACUGCAACGCGGGAUUCGUGCUUCCGCUACAGCUUCUCCAACGCCGGUCUCCGUUCAUCGACGACGGACCUCGGCGACGGCACCGUCAUGCACGCGUGGGUCCCGAAAUCCCAUUCCCAAUCGAAGCCGACUUUAGUCCUCAUCCACGGCUUUGGCGCCAAUGCGAUGUGGCAAUGGAACGACUUCGUUUCGCCUCUCAUCUCCCGCUUCAACGUCUAUGUCCCGGACCUCCUCUUCUUCGGAGACUCCUACACGACCCGACCCGAAAGGACGGAGCAAUUCCAGGCCCAGUGCGUGAUCCGGGUCAUGGAGGCCCUUGGGGUUGUCACUGCAAUGAACGUUGUCGGGAUCAGUUAUGGCGGGUUUGUGGGUUAUAGUAUGGCGGCGCAGUUUAAAGAGAGGAUUGAGAAGUUGGUGCUAUGCUGCGCUGGGGUGUGUUUGGAAGAGAAAGAUAUGGAAGAAGGAAUGUUUAAAGUGAAGAGCGUGGAUGAAGCUGUUGAUAUUUUAUUGCCACAAAAGCCAGGUAAGCUUAGAGAGUUGAUGAAGAUUUCGUUUUACAAGCCUACUCAAAGACUUCCCUCUUGCUUUCUAAAGGAUUUCAUCCAUGUGAUGUGUACAGAGUACUUUGAAGAGAGAAAAGAAUUGAUCCUAGCACUACACAAGGACAGAAAAUUGUCAGAUCUUCCGAAUAUAACCCAGCCAACAGUAAUAAUCUGGGGAGAGCACGACCAAAUAUUCCCUUUGGAAUUGGGAUACAGAUUGAAAAGGCAUCUGGGAGACAAUGCAGAACUAGUGAUCAUAAAGAAUGCAGGUCAUGCCCUCAAUGUAGAGAAACCCAAAAAGCUAUACAAGCACUUGAAAUCUGCUCUUAUUGAUCCGAUCUUUCCGGCUAAACCGGGACACUAUAGCAAUGGCAGCACAACAGGUUGAAAGGUAUGCAAAAAACUAAAUUCAGCAAUUGCUGGUGUCUUAAAAUUUCCUUCAUUUAGAGAUGUGUUUAAUGUAGGAAACAAACUUAUAAAGUCCAGUAUUACUUGGGCUUUU